CUUCUGCGCUUUUCACGGUGCCCACCCAGCGUGCAACCUAGGCGAGAACCGCCUCCCCCUCCGCUCCUUCCAGCUCGCUCUGUAAUCUGCAUCAGCCUCGCCCGCCGCCGUCGCCGCCAUGGGGAGGGGAAAGUUCAAGGGGAAGCCCACAGGCCGCCGCAACUUCUCCACACCCGAGGAGAUCGCUGCUGGUACUUCAGGUCGGCCACGCACCUUUAAGAAGAAGGAGGAAGAGGAAGAUGAGGAAGAGGUAGAAAGAGAAGAGUCUGAGGAAGAAUCUGAAGAGGAUUCUGAUGAAAAGACUAAACAUAAAGGCACUGAGGGUAUUAUUCAGAUUGAAAAUCCAAACUUGGUGAAAGCCAAGAAUAUAAAGGCCAAGGAAGUUGAUUUUGGCAAGACAACUGAACUCUCAAGGCGUGAAAGAGAGGAGCUUGAGAAACAAAAAGCUCAUGAACGUUAUAUGAAGCUUCAGGAGCAAGGAAAAACAGAACAAGCACGAAAAGAUUUGGAACGUCUUGCUUUAAUAAGACAACAAAGGGCUGAUGCGGCGAAGAAACGCGAAGAGGAGAAAGCUGCCAAGGAGCAGAGGAAGUCCGAAGCACGGAAGUAACUGCAACAGUCAUGGACCAAGAGUCCACGAAGUGACGAAGGCACGAUCUGCGUCGAUUGGAUAUUUGUUUCUAAUGCACCAGCUACCUUUUCAUAGACCCGGCCUCUAUUCUGUAUUCCCAUAAAAAUAUGCAUUGACAGUUGACACCAGUCUCGUGGUCGUGGUUUCCUGUAAACUUGAGCUUGACAAAACUGAAAAGUAGUAAAGAUCAGCUUGCAAGAAACUGGCUCUUCUU